AUGAUUGAGACUUUUAAAGAAGAAAUCAAUACAAAAUAAACAAUGUGGAUUAAUUUUUCAAUGUAUAUAAUACUUUUAAGUAUAUGAUUGUACUUAUAUAUUAUUAGCUUUGUAUGUUUGUGUAUAUUUUUAAUUUAGAACAAGAAAGAGAAACUAAACCUUCUUAUUUGAUAUGCUGUUCUUUUUCUAUUUCAUUUCAAAAUGCUUAUAUUAAGCAAUAUAUGUACAACCCUCUAAUUAUUUUGGGAUUAUUUAUUUACUCAUAUUUUUUCAUCUAUUUUAAGGAACAUUUAAACAAUAGCAUUUUAAAAUAAUACUUCCAAUUAUUUUAUUCUCAUAUAUAGUUUAUUAAAUUACAGAUUAAGCUAAUUAAAAUUCGACAUCAAUCUCUUUCGUAUUUUAGAUCUUAUUUAUGAUAAUUGCUUUGUUCAAUGAAAUUUAAAUCUAAGCAUUUAAUAUUUAAGCAUAAACUCAUUCAAUUAAUUAUUAAGAAGAAAUAGAAUGUUAAUUAGAUUACUUGAAUGGAAUGGUUAAUUAUUUAAAUAUAGGAAUUUUAGUAUAUGAUCAAAAUUACAAAUUAAUUUAUAAGACUUAGCAUAUGGAUAAAAUUGAAUCAUUUUUAGAAACUUAAAAUUAAACUGAAAAUGUUACAUAUAAUCCCAAUAGAUCUGAAUCCUAAAAUAUUGUCAAUCUCAAAUUAUUAACUCAAAAAUAAACUGAUAAUAUAUCCUUUUUAGAAGAUAUUAAAGUCAGUGGUUAUAGUUAAAAUGAAAACAUGACUAAAAAAACACUUUCUUUAAGAUAAAUAAUUGAAAAUGCUUAAAAUAUUGAUUUUGAAUGCAAUUAUUAUAAAUUUAAAAUUUUAGGACCUAAUUAAGAAAAACUUAGAUAUUAUUUAAAAUUCUCAUAAACAAUUCAAAAAAAUUAAACAUUAUAUAUAUUUUCUUUUUAAGUAUAUUCAUUUUUAAUAUAUAUUUUAGUUAAUUAAUGAAAAUUAUGGUGAUUUUAAAAAAGAUUAAAAGUUUAGGAAUAAUCUUAUAAGUUCAUUUAGUCAUAAAUUGAAAACUCCUUUACAUGCUGUCAUCACUUAUUUAGAAAUCUGUUUAAAUGAUUAAAACUUAACCAAGUAAUUUAUAGAUACUUUUAUUAAACCUUGUUAUUGGAAUUCAAAGAUAUUGCUUUAUACUAUCUAAGAUAUUUUAGAUUAUGUUUCUUAUUAUUCAUAUUAGAGGCAAAAUUUGAAUGUAAAGACCAUAAAUAUAAUGAAAUUAAUAUCAGAAAUUAAAGACUUAAUUAUUACUUAAUGUAGUUAGAAGAGUAUAUAAUUUAGGAUCAAUUAUAAUAAUGAAGAUUUCGAUAAGAUUUUGGAAUCCAAACAAGAUAUGUAAUGUUUAAAAUGAUUAUUACAGAUUUUGCUUUGUUUAGUCAGACCUCAAUAAGUUGAUGAGAAUCUUAGUGAAUCUAUUAAAUAAUGCUUAUAGAUUUACGCCAUAAGGAGGAUUUAUAGAACUAGAUGUAGAGGAGGUAAAACAUGGAAAUUCUAGAUUAAUUUAAUUUAUUAUCUCUGAUAGUGGUGUUGGUUUAAGUUAAUAAGCUCAAGAUGAAAUUGCUAAAUAGAUGUAAAUGCAUUAACAAUAACAAUAAUUGAGAUCAAGAAAAGUAUAUUAUGAAAUAAAAUAUAUUAGCAAAGUCAAUUAUAAACUUAAUCAGUGGAUAAAGGAAAAUGUUAAUAAAAUUAAAAUUAAAAAAAUGAAGUAUUAGGAAUAAGUUUGAAAAUUACUACUAAAUUAAUAUACUAAUUAAAUGGAUAAUGUCCAUUCAAAAUAGAGAGCUUACCUGGAUAAGGUUCUAAGUUUUCAUUCACUAUAGGAGAUUUAGAUUUACCAAGUGGUUUACAUCCUUAAUCUACAAGAAGAAUAAGAAAUAUAUCAAUGAGAUCUAAUAAUAUGAUAGUAGAUUUUCUCACUUUAUAAUCAGAAGCUAAUUGUGUAGUUGAAGAUGAAAAAAUAGUUGUUGGUCAAAUUAAAAAAUUAGAUCAUGUUAAACCAAGCAUGUUAAAAAGUCUAAACAAUAAUUAUUUUCGUUAAAAUACUCGAGUUACUUAAAGAAAUACUAAAUUAAUUCAAGGACAAUCAUAAUUUCGAUAGACAUAGAAAAGGAGUAAAUAAAAUUUAGUAGAAGAAUCUGGAGCAAUUGUUGUUGUUGAUGAUGAACCUUUUAAUCAUAUUUCUUUAGAGAUGGUUCUAAAAAGUUUAGGAUAUCAUAGAAUUAUUCAUUGUUAUAAUGGCUAAGAGAUUGUAGAUUUUGUAAAGAGAUAAAAAAAUAUCAAAAUAAGAACAAUUUUAAUGGAUGUUGAUAUGCCUGUUAUGGAUGGCAUAACAGCAACUUCAAUUCUUUCUAAUUUAAUUGAUUAAGAAAAAAUAAAUCCAUUUUAAAUUAUUGCAUGUACUGCACAUGAAGAUGAAGAAACUAAAUAAUUAUGUUAUGAAGCUGGAGUCGAAUAAAUUGUUGUUAAACCAGUGUUCUCUUCAAUUCUUAAAGAUGCACUAUAAAUCUAACAUUGA